CCGUCGUACAAAGCAGGCUCCUCUCUGCUCGAUCUCGCUGAAGCUUCGCACGUGGAUACGAGCUUGGAUAACGCGUUUGGACCUCGGACCGGGGAGGCCACCCACCCAUCCCUGCUCCACACGCCGUCUGCUGCGAGGAGGAUGUUGCAGUGAGACGGACAGAGAGAAUCGCCCCCUCCCUUCUUCUCUCAGCCGGCAUCCUCAGCUGUUGCUCCUCUCCCAGCACAGGAAGUACCGGAAGAAAAGCCCAAACGAUGCACGUGUGCCGUCACCCUUGACCGUGACGAAGAGGCGGCAAGGGGAGCGGAUGCGAGCAGAAGUGGUCGGCGGGCUUCCCAGUGUUUUCUCUGCUUUGUCGGUGCCGGAGGAGCUGAGCCAAUGGAGAAGGCGACACCUUCGCCACAGCCCCAGCUCCAGCUGUCGAUCACCAAGAGCGAAAGUCCGGCGGAGGACAUAUCCGGGCUGAGCGACGAGGAUCUGCUCCGAUGGACCAAAGAGGAUCUGGUGCGGCGGCUGCGGAGGUCCGAGGCUGACAAGAUGAGCGUGAUUCUGGACCACGGGAAUCUCAUCAGGGAGGUCAAUCGCAGCCUUCAGUUGCACUUGAACGAGAUCAGGGGGCUGAAGGACAUCAAUCAGAAGCUACAGGAGGACAACCGCGAGCUGAGGGACCUGUGCUGCUUUCUGGAUGACGACCGUCAGAAAGGCAAGCGUGUAUCCAGGGAAUGGCAACGCUUGGGCCGCUACAGUGCCAGCAUCAUGCGCAAAGAGGUCACGCUCUAUCUGCAAAAACUUAAGGAACUGGAGCUGAGACAAGAGGAGGUCGUUCGUGAGAACCUGGAGUUGAAGGAGCUCUGCCUCCUCCUGGAUGAGGAGAAAGGAGGUGGCGGCGGCGGCGGCGGUGGAGGGGUUGGUGGUAGUGUUGGAGUGGGAGGUUGCCGCAACUCCAUCGACAGUCAGAACAGUAUGCUUCUUGUUCCUGGCCAGGGGCUUCUGAUGAGGGAUGUGGGAGACGGGAGCAGCACCUCCAGUGCUGGAAGUGCCGAUAGCUCUGAUCAUACUCAUCACAAGCACCCUCACUUGGCUGUGAGUGGAGGAGGAGAAAAGGGCAGCCCUGAGCUGGUGCACAAACCCAGAUGUAGCAGCAUAAGUGGCAUAGUCAGUGGAUUGGACAGGGAGGUGUCCAGCCCCGAGCACCCAGCUGGACGCCACCGGAGUACGAGUCUGGAGUAUCCAUACACACUGCCUCAUCACUGCCGACCCCGCUGUGGCUCCAUAUCUGUGCCUGACCAUAGUCAAUCAAUGAGGGGUCUCAGCCCAGAGAAGUACUCGAGGAAUCGUCGCAGCCCUGAGCAGCAACCCAAGCACCACAGCUCUGACCUGGUUCUGGGCCAGAGGCAGCACUCGCUGGGCCAGACGGGUAGUGGAGAGCUUUUCCAAAGGCACCACCGAAGCAGCAUCAGCAGCAGCGGCUGUGGGAGUCCUGAGUCUCGCCACGCACAUUUGGGAAGUGGCGAUCAUCACGAUAAGAGCUGCCUCGGGCAGGGGGGCAGCCCGGAACCUCCCAGGCACCAAUACAGCGUGAGCCCAGACCACGUGAAGUUUGGAAGCCCGGUGAGAGACGGGCAAAGACGGACAGGAGGGGAUGAGUUAUCGCCACAUCAUCGAAGUAUCUAUAACGGCAUGAACGCUUUGAUAUCCGCCGGCUGCUGCACCAACAACUGUAGAAACGUCAAGCUAUGGGACAGCUUUGAUGCCUCGUCCUGACCCAAGCACAGUCAGAAGGACUCGCCAAAAGUGAGACGCUGCAGUGACGCAGAUCUCCUGCCUCACUAGCCUUGAUAGUCACGGAGGCCCCUGGAUGCUGCGCUCCAUGGCUCAAUCCAUGGAUUGGAUCAUAUCCACAGCCCUGACACACACCCCGCCGCCCAACCCCCCCUCCAUCUUUUCAUUCCCACACAAGAAGAGGUCGAGGUGGAGCUGGGGUCGGUGUGUAAAACAAGACUGCUGCGAAUGAACGGAUUGAUCUCUCCCUGCCAACUGUGACACGGCUACCUCCCGGAGAGUGACCUGGAGGAAACCAAGGGGACUAGUAUGUGUUGCAACCCUCUGUUUACAGUGCAAACGUUGCUGGAGAGGCACACGAGACGAACUAUUAAAACUCAUAUUCCUUUCCUUCCUAUUUAUCUCUGGAUAUUCCUCACGUUUAAAUUACGGACUGGUGUAAUCUGUAAUUCUUUCUCCUUCUAUUGCUCCCCUUUCAUUCCUUCUUGUUAAAUUUGAAUUGAAAUUGUUAAGCGUUUCAGCGGAACUUCAAGACUAUAACAUAACAUGCUAGUCGAAAUGUUUUUCGUGAAGACAAAAAAACUCUUUAAAUCUGUGUCUUAAACCGAGAUAAUGGACAUUAAUAGCUGCUGACAGAUGUUGUAGUUCUAUAAGAUGCAACGUUCAGGUGUUAUUUUUUUCUAUUGACCUCCUUGACACCCCCCGUGAAGCGCCUGUAUUCAAGCUGCGGGACAAUUAUACAUUUCUUCCUGUCCUUUUUUUUACAAAAGGAAAAAAAAUCUAGUUAAAAAGUAGAUCAAUGGAUUAGUUUUCUAUAUAUCUAAAUAUAUAUAUGAUAUUAUUAUUUUUGACGUAAUUGUAU